CAGACCAACCAGAUCGCCAUUGUUCUAACUGCUCCGUGCCUUUUGUUCCCAGCCGAUGUUCCUAGUAGCGCUGAGCGCCUUUAUCCAGUAUCAAACUGGAGGUGAUCGUAAUAUGAACUGAGUGGAUUUGAUAACUUAAAUGGCUGACGAGCUAUCGCCAGAACAACUCGACGAGUUGCGGCAGGCGUUCCACGUGUUCGACAAGGACGAUGACGGAACGAUCUCCACGCAAGAGCUUGGCAUCGUGAUGCGUUCGCUGGGACAGGAUCCCUCCGAGGAUGAGCUGCAGGAGAUCGUCAGGGAGGCGGACACGGACGGAGACGGUGUGAUUGAGUUUGACGAGUUUAUCGUAAUGAUGACCAAGCAGAUGACCAACAUCGGCUCCGAGAAGGACAUCCGCGAGGCUUUCAAGGUAUUCGACCCCCAGAACCUUGGCUACAUUACGUCGUCUGACCUACGGCACGUCAUGACGACCAGGGGGGAUCGGAUGUCAGACGAGGAGGUGGACGAGAUGAUCGCAGACGCCGACCUCGAUGGGGACGGAUGUAUCGAGUAUGAAGAGUUUGUGAAGAUGAUAGCCACGAAUUGACUCCCUACAGGAGGAUAUAUGGAACCCCCAUCUCUUCUGGAUCUAUCUAUAUUGACCAUUACAUGUCUUUCGCUAUUCAUUUCGACCUUAAGCCACCUAAGCAGCAUUAACAUCCAUCUUCGAGUAGCUGAGUGUUGUCAGUGCUGAACGUUUAUGUAGUUUGUUCUGAAGUACCAUCAUGACAUUGAACCCAAUCCCAGCUUAACAACACUUCGGUUUAGAGAUAUUUAUUUCUGUUUUAUGGCCACAUCUGCACCCUAAGAUUUUUUCACGAUUUUUUUCAAAAAGAAGAUUAAGCAUAUAUAUUUCUGAGAACGAUUUGUGUAUUUACUUUCGAUGUUCAUAUACAGCGUGUCGUCAUUGUUGUUAAUAAAAAAUACAUGUAAA